GACGCCCAGAGAUCACAUUGUUUGCUCUGGUGUGCAGUCGUGUCAGUAGUUUGUGCAUCCGCCGGGAGUCCUGGGGGGGAAAAAAACGAAGGAAAGUGAGAGAUUUGUUUUCUGUUCAUUUGAGAGAUGUCUCGGUACCACAAGGCAGCGACUGAUGGAUACUUGGACCUCCUGAAGGAGGCCACGAGGAAGGACCUCAACACUGCGGAUGAGGACGGCAUGACUCCCACCUUACUGGCUGCUUUCCAUGGACAUGUCGAUGCUCUUCAGCUCAUAUGCAGCAGAGAAGGAGACCCUAACAGGAGUGACAUCUGGGGGAACACACCCCUGCAUCACGCUGCAGCCAACGGCCACAUGCACAUCCUCAGCUUCCUGGUCAACUUUGGCGCCAACCUUUUUGCAAUGGACAAUGAAUUCCACACAGCUAUGGACGUUGCCGCCUCUCGCGACCGCAUGGACUGUGUGCGCUUCCUGGACGCUGCUGCCUCGCAGCAGACCAACCAAAAUCCCAAGAAGGUCGCCAACCUAAAGAAGGAGGCCAUCAAAGAAGCCGAGAAACGCGUGAAACUCUGCGAGAAGGUGAAGAAGAGGCACCAGAACAAAAUGGAUAAAUUGCAGCGUGGAGCGAGCAUGACUGGGUCGGUUUCCGAGGCCAGCGUGUCAUCAGCUUUCUCAAACGGUGGUACCAUGAGCAGCGUCAAUGAGCAGUUCUCCAAGCUUAUUGCUGCCGAUAAAUCUGGCUCUCUUACGGCCAGGGUUAAAGGCACACUCCAGAAGAAGCUCGGGAAGAAAGAUAAAGGCACGCUGCAGAAAUCAGGAGGGGAUGGGAAUGUGAUUUUCCGUAGACAGGACAACGGAGUGUCUGAGAAGCCAGAGUUUCUGGAUGUCUUCAGUGAGCAGGAUGAAGGCAUGUCCGAUGAAGAAAGAAUGGGAGGCUACGAAGAUGAAGACGACGAUGAACAACCAGGCCAAGUCAAACAAUCCAUCUUCAACCGGCCCGGCCUCGGAGGUCUGAUCUUCAUGAAGAAGAUGGGGCUGGAGUCAGACGACAUCCCUAGUGGGAACAUCGAAAGUCUCGGCUUCCUCGUUCAGAACGAGCUGUUCGAGGAAGACGCCGCAGGCUUCGACGGGAGCGGCGACACUGACCUGCCCUGGGAACAGGAAGACCUGGGACUGGAUGAUGAUGAAAAUGAGGAAACCUCUCCUUUAGACACGUUCUUGUCCUCCAUCUCCCUGCCAGAGUUCACCCUUGCAUUCAGCAGGGAGCACCUGGACCUGGAGGCACUAAUGCUUUGCUCGGAUGAAGACCUGAAAGGCAUUCGCAUCCAGCUGGGACCCAGGAAGAAGAUCUUGGAGGCUGUUGCUCGCAGGAAGAACGCACUGGAGAAGCCUGGCGUCAUGAAGGACAGCUGCUUGUGAUCAGAAAAUAUGAACAGCAAUUUAUCAUCCUGUUUGAAACCUGAAAUGAGUCUGUAUCUCCAUGAUUCAGCAAUGACAGUUUCCACCAGCUCUGUUUAUACAUUGUAAUCUAUAGUAUACCAAAUCACAGCAAGGCCGGGGAGUCAGGAAGCACAAUAUCAACAUCUUUCUUGGACAGACAUGUGGCCAGUGAAAUGAUCUCCAAUCGAGAUGUCUUGGGACAAAAUUGGUGACUUUCUUUCCGGUAAUGAGUUAACAAAGUCAGUGGCUGAUUUGGUUGUGCUCAUGUUUGUUAUGAUCAUUUUGACUGUUGACAACAUUAUUGUCAAAUAAAUCAAUCGUGUGAAAAAUGA